GUCCUGCACAGGUCGCUGCAUGUACCAACUUGCGGAGGGAGGCCGAGCGAGGGACGUGGUACCACCUCCUUUGAGCCAGGUAUUGAGCUAUAUAACCUGGCCCUGGGAGCUCCUCGGGUAUGUUCUGCUGGACAACAGUCAGUAUUAGAGCUGCAUGUUUAGAAGUGUGCUCAGAGCUUCAAAACAUCUUGCUUUUGUACGGUCUAGUACCUCUUCUACCCAAAUUACAAGAAAAGUAUCACUUGGAAGUUCUGGCUACCAUCAAAAGUUUGGUUGGAAGACACAUGCUUCUAGAGUUACACUUCUAAAGGUACAGAAUCACAACUUUAAGAAACUAAACCCUGAAUUUGGAUAUAAUAUCGUAAGCUGUGCAAGAAUGUCAACAUUUCCAUUCUGUGCUGAGUAUGAUAAAAGAGGACAAGCUAAAUGCAAGAAAUGCAAAGAAAAAUGUAAAAAGGGUGAACUUAGAAUUGGAAAAAUUGUUGCAAAUCCAUUUAGUGAAUCUGGUGGUGACAUGAAACAAUGGCAUCAUGUGAACUGCAUUUUUGAGACAUUUAAACGUGCCCGUGCUACUACUAAAAAAAUUGAGGAUCCUGUAGAUGAUAUUGAGGGUUGGGAAAACCUGGAGGAAGAUGAUCAGAAGAAGAUUAGAGCUUUGAUUGAUGACCUUCAGAAUGAAAUAGCCAACAAGAAAAUUACCCCAAAGAAGCAGACUCCUCAGAAGAAAACUCCUAAAGCAGGAGGUCAGCAGUUUGAAAAAAAAGCAGCAGGAACACCAGACAAACCAACUGCGGAGUAUCGAGAGUCCCUUUCAACAGUAAAAAUGACCGGGGAUGGCCCCCUACAUGCAAAGAAAAUUUCUUUAAGAGUUUCGCGCCUGGGUUUGAAAAAGUUGCUGGGAGUCCGUUUACGGGCAAAAAAAAUUGGGGGAAAGCUUUUUGAAAAAGGGACUAGCAAAGGGGUGCUUGGCUCGGGGUUAACUUUUUCUCCCGGGAGUCAUAAAGAAAUGUAUAAUUACAAACAAAACACCAUUAAGCUUUUCUCCCAGUUGUUCAAUGCAAACCAAGAGGAAAUGCUGGAAGACUUGGAACAAGGUGAUGUUGCAGAAACAGUUCGCACUUUCUUUGAGCAGUCUACUGUGCUUCCUCCUGUUAAAAAGGCAACAUUGUCAAUUCAAGAUGUAGAUCAGUUUCUAGAGGAACUGACAGGAAUGACAAGAGAAGAAGAACAGUCAUAUGUGCUCAAAAAGAUUUCCAAAAGAUGCACUGCAAAUGACUUAAAAAUGGUAAUUCGUCUUAUUAAGGGAGAUCUACGUAUUAAUGCUGGAGCAAAACACAUCUUGGAUGCAGUGCAUAAUGAAGCUUAUGAAGCCUUUCAAACAACACGAAACAUAGAUGCUGUCUUGGACCAAAUUAUCCUUUCCAAAACAACUGGUGAAACACUGAAGAUGAAAGCCCAGGUCAUGACUCCAGUGUUGCCCAUGCUGGCAGAGCCAUGUAAAUCAGUGGAUUAUGCCUUUAAAAAGUGCCCGAGUGGAGUUAUGUACUCAGAAAUAAAGUAUGAUGGAGAAAGAGUUCAAGUUCACAAAAAGGAUGGAAAAUUCAUGUAUUAUUCUCGCUCACUGAAACCAGUGAUGCCACACAAGGUCUCUCACUUUAAAGAAUACAUUCCAAAGGCAUUUCCCUAUGGCAAGGAUCUUAUUCUUGAUGCUGAAGUAUUAAUGAUGGACACCAAGUCAGGAAACCCUCUUCCUUUUGGAACUCUUGGUGUUCACAGAAAAUCAGAGUUUCAAGAUGCAACUGUUUGUCUUUUUGUGUUUGACUGCUUACAUUACAAUGGAGAAGAUUUAAUGGAUAAACCAAUAGUAGAGAGAAAAAAAAUUCUUGAGGAAAAUAUGGUUGAGAUAAAAAAUCACAUCAUGUUUUCUGAAAUGAAGAAAAUAAAGAGAAAGGAAGACCUGCGUGACAUGAUCAACCGCGUCUUAAAGCAGGGAUUAGAAGGCCUAGUACUGAAGGAUAUGAAUAGUGUAUAUGAACCAGGGAAACGACACUGGCUUAAAGUAAAGAAAGAUUAUUUAAAUGAUGGUGCCAUGGCUGACACAGCAGAUUUGGUUGUCCUUGGUGCCUGGUAUGGAACAGGGAAGAAAGGAGGAAUGAUGUCAGUUUUCUUAAUGGGUUGUUUUGAUGCAAGAAUAAGGAAGUGGUGUACAGUCACAAAGGUCCACACAGGUCAUGAUGAUGCAGCAUUGGCACGUUUACAGACAGAGCUAGAGAUGGUUAAGAUCAGUCAAGAUCCAGAGCGUGUGCCAGCAUGGCUAAAGUGUACCAAGACUAUGAUUCCAGAUUUUGUGGCAGCUGACCCCAAGAAAUCACCAGUAUGGGAAAUAACUGGUGCAGAAUUUACACGACAUCAGAUUCACACUGCAGAUGGAAUUUCGAUCAGGUUUCCAAGAGUUACAAGAGAACGGAGUGACAAAACAUGGGAACAAGCCACUGACUUAGCAUAUUUACAAGAACUAUAUAAGAAAUCUAGAGAAUGCUCAGAUUUGGAAGCUCUGACUUCUGAACGAACAGAUGAUGAUGAUGAUAGUGGAAAGAAGAGUGGUGGCUCUGGAUCUUCUACCCCAAUAAAAGGUUCUGUACAAGUUAAAGCAAGUAACCCCAAAUUAUCUAAUGUAUCUGCAGCUUCCACAAGUCCCAAAACAUUGAGCCCAGAGCAGGCUAAGGGAAGGGAAAAGGUUCAGAAAACUCUGAGUGCUUUUGUUAAGGUGGACAGAACAAAACCAGAAAAUGAAGGUGAAAUAAAAAAGCAAACAAUGGAGCACAGUGGAACAGGAAAGAGACGCUCAGAUGAAAGCAAAGGACAGUCAAAUAAAAAGCUGAAUAGAUAUGGUGCCUCUGAAAGUGAAGCUCAUCAACCACUAAAUGAACUUCCUUCAGCUGGUCUCAGACAUCCCACAAGGAAUCCACUUCCAGAUAUUUUCGUUGGAAUUCAGGUUGGAAUACCAGACACUGUGGUGAAAGUAGCAGAUAUGAGGAGAUAUAUCAUUGCGUACGGCGGAGACGUGUUGCCAGAUUACCAGUCGAGCGAAGCCACGCAUUUAGUGGUGGAUAAAGAACAUCAUUUACGUCGCGUGUCUCUUCGCCUGCAGGACAAGUGGCCUUCGUCGUGGCGCGGCCAGAGGAUUUCGCCUGAGUGGGUUUGGGACAGCAUCAAGUUGCAGAGGCUCCAGUCGUCUCGGAUAUACGCCGUCUAAGUCAGGAAUGCAUUUACCGAUUCAUGUUAACGGUUGUCAGUGGCAAUGCUGACAAAACUGGUACUGUUGUUAUCAUAUGUGUUUUUAAUUUAAAAAUGAUAUGAAAAGGUGUAGGUAGCUAAACAAGGUGAACUUGCUCGCAUAUGUUAACAUCACCAUAAGUAUUCAUAAUGACCAUACGAAAUGUCGUUAUGUCCACUUCAUGUUUUGAGCAGUUUUUUCUUUCUGGAGUCAAUUUUACUUUGGAAGUAAUACCAGUAAGAAUUCAUUCACCUCCUUUUAUUUUAAUUUUAUAUCAGGUAGGUAUUUCAACUCGAUUGCACAGUAUUGAGAAUCUACUGUGCGUGGCUCACAGUCAGUUCGGUUAAUUUGUUGUUGUUAAUUAUUCAUGUUUAUGUAUGGGUUGAUGAAAAAAUAUUUUAAUUACGAGCAUGUUACGUCUUUACCUCUGGAAGAAGCGGCUCCAAUAAAGUUACCUUAAUCGGUUUUGCUCAGGUCAGUUUUACGGAGAUGUGUCGCCUGAGCAUGAAUGAACGGCAGUGCAGCAACUGCUGUAGUUUCUAUUCGUAUGUUAACCCUUAACCCUGAAUAUAUUUCGAGAGAGAGAGAGGAGAGGUGAGUUUAUGAGAUAAUGAAAGGUGGGGAACGGGUAAUGGUAAUUUUGUACCUGUAUGUUGUAGUAUUUUUGUACUCACCGUAGAAGGGAAUUUGCCUUGUUUGCUUGAUGAUUUUACUGAUGUAAAGAUGAUUAUUAUAUUGUCUCUAAGAUAGCUAUGUUUUAUGAUACUAUGAAUGUAUACAUCGUAUAUUUGUGAUAAUAAGAUGAUAAGGGUGAUAAGAAA